AUGAGAGUGGCGGAGAAUUGGGAUGACGAUUUGGAUGAUGGGGCCGGAGAAACCAAGGACGGCAACGAAGAUGCCCCGAAAGGUCUAGAUGAUGUCUUGAAGCUGGCCAGGGAAGCAAAGGAGAAAGAGAAGGCAGAUAGGAGAAAAGACCGGGCGACACAAGGCAUGGGUGAAGGACCUACAGAGCCUGCCGGCAGGCAGGUCAAUUCCGCUACUGAAAAAGACGCGGAUGAUCGUAUUCUGUUAGUGUUGAAGGCUUUCAAGGUGCUACAGAACGAGUUCAACGCGAAGUUCAGGGCCAUGUGGGCAUAG